AUGGAAUCAAUUUGGAAGAACAUUGCUGCGGAGUUGGCGGAGCUGGGCCCAGCAAAAUCAGUAGAACAAUGGAAAACAACAUGGCGUGAUCUGAAAUCGAAAACAAAAACUAAAAAUGUCAAUAUUAACCUUGCCAGAAAAAGAACUGGAAACAAUGAAAAUGUUCCGGUUCUAACAACUGGGGAAGAAAAGAUUUUAGGGAUCACUGGGAAGACAACAUCUCAGGUUGCUAAUGACGACAUUGUGCAAUGCAGUCCAAUAUCUAGUGAAUCUUCGCAAAACAUUCGAGAUAAGCCGUUCAUUCCCGAAGACAAGUUUAAGCACAAUUCCACCCAAACCGACAUAACCAUGAAAAAUCAAGAGAUUUUGAAGCAGCUAAAAGAUAAAUUUAAUGAUCCCUCUACUUCUAGAUCUAUGAAGACUUUGAUAUUAACAACAGCACCUACGUCAUGGAGUGAAAAGAAACUUACGGAUGAAAUUGAAACCUCCAGGUGGCAAGCGAGAAAAAUCAUGAGGAAAAAAUUAAAAAGGCUGAGAGACUGUGAAAUAAAAAAGGAAAUGGAAGAAAUCUUUGGUUUUCCUGAUGGAACAGUUUCCGAAGACGAUGAGGAGGUAUCGGACGGUGAAAACAACUGUAAUGCCAACUUGGAAAGAUUGUUGACAGGCGAAGAUGUAAUGCUUAGUUCAGCUGUAUCUGACAGGUUCAACUUUCAAGAUUAUCCGUCCUGCAUCUGA